GGGUGGGUGCGGGGAGCUCCCCCGGCCGCGGGUCCCCCAGUUUGGCCUUUGAUUCUGUGCACGGUAAGCGUUGUCCCCGUGAGUCCCUGACCCUGGGACCGCGGCGCCUCUCCAGUGUGCUGUGUCACGUCAGGCACGGGGCUCUGCCAGAGCCAUUACUCAGCAGCUUUCAGCUAAUUUUUCAUUACCGUCGGGGAGGUCCCUGGAUCUUGGCGAGGCCGGUUCUGGGUCAGAUGGCACAAUUUAUGUAUGUAGGUGGGUUCAUCUGCAUUUUGAGUGUUGAGGCCUUUUUAAAAGUCAGUUCUCCCUUUAUUUUGGGAGACUGGGUCCUGCGCUCAGGGAGCAGCAAGGUGUGGUAGGAUGAAAGUACUGCUGGUGAGAAAGUGGGCCAGGACACAUCCUGGGAGCCCGGUCUGCCUUGUAAGCUGCAAGCAGGCUGUGGUUUGCCAGGCCAGGCUUGGCCCCUCUGAUGCUCCUCUGCACCCGAGGGGGCAGAGGGGUGCACUUGGGUGCCGAGUCAUGGGGUGGGGUUGGGGGAGCAUCGGGAAAUAAAUCGCUUCCAGGUGAGCAAAGGCUCCAGCAGUCAAGUUUGCCUCCCCCUUUGUGCCUGUGUUAUUCAAACGAUGCUUCUGGAACUCUGUUCGCUUCGAAGCUGACCUUCUCUAAUCUGAUCCUAGGACUGCAGGUGCUAAGGGCUGAGUCCAUGUUUUCAGGCCCAACUAACCCGCAUGUUCAGAGCCCCAGGCUGAGCAGAUAUGCCAGAUCAGCUCAUGAAGGGUGCAUGUGGGCCUCCAUUCUUCUGGCUGCAGCACUGGGAGCCUGGAGAGAUGGAGGAGGCAGGGCAGAGUGAAAGGGUUGGGUGGCGGGUGGGGGGUCAGUGCUCUUAGAAGAUGAGUCCGCACAUCAGUCAGCACUGGUUCGGGUGCACUCAUACAGUCUAGGCUGACGUGCAGGAAUGGAGCAGGGGGAGAUUCUAAGAGGGUUUUGGAGGCUGAGCAGGAGUUCUCCCAGGACUAGUGGGGCUAAUGGAAGCCGCAGCCUAUGGCAGCAGUGUCACGGCUUGAGGACAAAAGAGGAACCAUUUUGGGGUGGAAAGACUGCUUUGGCAGGACCAGGAUGGGGCAGAGUCCAGCUGGGAAGUGUUGACCUGCAUGCCAAGGUGGCGCGUUCUUUUUUGGGAGGCAGGAUUAGCUACUGCCAAGGCCACUCUUGAGACAAUUCAGGUCAGGGUGAAGGGGCAGGGCAGCCUGCAGAAAUGGCUGGAGUGUGGGGCCUAACUGAUGUGUACUGAGGGAGGAGGAGCUGAGGGUUCCCACAGGGCUCCUGUUCAGUGAGUGAUCCCAGGUGCACCAGUGUGAGGGAGGCACCUGUGCACAGAUGGAGGCGACCGUGCAGCUGUACUGAGGGCCAUCUGGGCAUCUAGCUGUGAGGACUGCAGAAACCAUGUGUGUCUGGGCCUGGAAGGGCUGCUGAGCUCCCUUCUGAGGAGAGUGGGAGGGCUAAGAAGUUGCCCCUGGCAGAGGAGGGUGGAGAGGGACUGGCAGCAGGCAGUGGCUGCGUUGACCGAGAGGUUUUGGGGCGCAGGGCCGGAGGGCAAGGCCUGGGCGACAGAUUGAAAAGUGAAUUGGAAACUGAGGAUGGCAAGGAGGAGGGGGGUGGCCAACAGAGACAGGCUGUGUGAGGUGCUGCAGAGCCUGCAGGGCUGUAGUGUCCUGGGGAGUAGGUGCCAGCGAGAGACUGGAAUUCGCAGCAACAGGACAGGUCUGUGGAGGGACCCCCCGGAGGUCUGGGCUCCGGGCCUGUGGGAGGUGCCCAUGCAAGCACCAGAGCACAGCCUGGAGGGGAUGGAUUGGGUGGGCAUGUCCCCAGGCAAUCUCCUUUGUUGUGGGUUGAAUCAUGUUUUCCAAAAAGAUAUGCCUCAGUCCUACCCCCUGCCACUGACCUGGGAACAUGACCUUAUUUGGAAAUGGUCUUCGCCAAAUAGGUAAAAUGAGGUCAUUAACAUGAGCCCUAAUCCAAGAUGACUGCUGUCCUUAAAAGAGGGAGGAGAUUUGGACACCAAGCAGAGGAGAGCCAGCCAUGUGAUGAUGGAGGCAGAGACAGGGUGGUGCACCCACCAGCCAAGGAAGGCCAAGGGUUGCUGCCGAGGCCGAAGCUGGAAGAGGCAGAUGGAGCCUCCAGAGGGAAUGCAGCCCUGUGCACCCUGAUCUCAACUUCUGGCUGCAGAGUUGGGAGGAUGGAAUUGUGGUGUUUGAAGCUGCCCGGCCUGUGGUGCUUGGUUUCAGCAGCUCCCAGACACAGAGGCUCCUGGGCCCUGGAUGUUAUGAAGAAGCUGCAAGGUCUUCCUGAGGUCUGGGCUGUGGCGUCAGGCUGUUUGCAUGUUGCCUGGCUGUGCCGCGGGGUGCAUCAGGAGAACCUGCUGGAGGAGCUGGUCCAGCUGAGCUGCUGUUGGCACAUUCAGGCCACAGUGAGGAAUGUUCAUUGUCUUUCCAUCACCUUCUCAGGGACAAAAGAGCUUGAGGUGCUGCUGGCCUGGGGCCUGCUGUCUGCUGCCCCCACUGUCGUCCUUGCACAGUUCUGCCUUAGAUCUCCAUCUUAGUGAUGUAAGCCUCGCUCCCCUGGAUAAGGAGCUGGACGAGCAGGACGGAAGUGACCUGGGACCCACAGGUCAGAGGUCGCUGGGGGGCUCAGAGCCCGUCACCAUUCCUGGCUGCCUGGCCCGCUCCCCAUCCCUGCAAUCCUCGUCAUCCCUGUCCACCUCCCCGCUCAGCUCGCUCUCCCAGUCCUUGUCGGGGCCUCUUGUCUCCUCGGCCAUGACGCCCCCCCAGCAGCCGCCACCCCUCAAGUCGGAGCCCAGGGUGCUGGGCUCCUCGGCCUCGUCCUACAACUCCCUAGGUUUGAAUGGCGUCCCUGGGAGCAUCUGGGACUUUGUUUCCGGCAGCUUCUCUCCCAGCCCAUCCCCCAUUCUGAAUGCCGGCCCCACAUCCACUGCAAGUGCAAGUCCAAAUGGCGCCGAACUGGCACGGGUCAGGCGGCAGCUGGACGAGGCCAAGAGGAAGAUCAGGCAGUGGGAGGAGUCCUGGCAGCAAGUGAAGCAGGCCUGUGACGCAUGGCAGCGGGAGGCCAAGGAGGCGAAGGAGCGUGCGCUGGCAGCGGACAGUGCCCGGCAGCUGGCACUGCAGAAGAAGGAGGAGGUGGAGGCCCAGUUCAGGCAGCUGCAGGAGGAGCUGGAAGGCCGGGGCAUGUCCACACUCCCGGGGCUGCGGGGCUGCAACGACAUCGGUGCCAUCUCACUGCCCAAGCUACAGUCGCUGCAGAGUCAGCUACGCCUGGAUCUGGAGGCGGUGGACGGGGUGAUCUUCCAGCUCAGAGCCAAGCAGUGCGUGGUGUGCGGAGAGCCGGCCCGCGGCGCCGUCCUGCAGCCCUGCCAGCACCGUGUGCUCUGCGAGCCCUGUGUGGCCAGUGCGCCUGAGUGCCCCUACUGCGAGGGCCAGCCCCUCCAGUGGUGACAGCAGCCAUGGUGGCCUCACUUCCUGGUGCCACCGACGUCGGGACCCCAGCCCAGCUGCAUCGUUUCAUGGUAUUCUCGUAGACCUUAAAGGCAAACCCACGCACCCACCUGCAGCCCAGGUUUCGGGUGGGCACAGUAAUGACAUGGGUUUUGCGGUCCUGACACUACUGUGACCACAUCCUGGGAGUUCACGUCCCGGCCAAGCACUUUGUAAGCAGAGGAAUUUACGUGGACGGUCUCAGCUGCUAUAAGCUGCUUUCUAGGUUCAUGUCUUUUUAAUAUGCCAUAUGAAGCUUUGUAUGUGUACUGUGAACUUAAAGUAUUUCCUAUCAGUUUAUUGUAAUUCAUAGUAUGGUAAAUAUAUUAGAUUUCAUAUUCUGAAAUUAGUACUUAUGAAAUGAGCAUUUAUCUAGUAGUGAGAAAUGCCUAGGAUUUUUAUAGGUUUUAAAUUAAGUGCAAAUAGUAUUUAUAGCAGAGUGAUUAUUGAAAGACAUACAUUUAGAUGUUUUUAAUUUUAUGAAAGGAACUGUUCCUAACCAUGUGCUCGUGCACACUAAUUGGAGUUUUAUUUCCCAGCACCGUGCAAAAUGAGGGAGCUCAGUCACGCAUCUGCGACCCGUGGCCACUUUUUCUAAGUGCCUGUGCCUUGCAAAAGGAGAAUGGUUCAUUUGGUUUUAUUUUCUCCCUUGAAACUUUGUAAGACAAUUUGAUACUCGUGAAAAGUGCAACCAAGGGGGUACAUCUGUUUUACAAGCCCUCUGCAUAGCUUCCUGGAGCUGGCCCCUGGGCACUCCCCACACCUGGGACCACCUGGACUCCUGCCAGAGUGGGCAGGCUCGCCCGUCUUCAGCACAUUCGACUUCAGGCAACACUUUGGACACUGUUGUCUGAACUGUGUGUCUAGGUAUUGUCAGUCAUCCGUGAAGACCUGCUGUGCCAGGGCAGGGGCUGCCCUGAGGACCUGGCUCUAAUGCUGGUCCCCAGGCCCCCAAGUAGCAGCCUGGCUUCGGGUCCAUGGAGGAAACGCCCGAGAGCGGGUCUGAUUUAGGGAUGACCUGAGUCUUCUCUGGUCUGCGAUGGGUCAUUUUUUCUAGGAAUCUGGGAAGAAGUAAAAGAUGUCUGUAGCUUACCCCACCUUUGCUCAGUGAGGCCAAUCUAGAUUGCUGUGAGGAAGUCUUCGCAGAACCUGCCAUUUGGGAGGCAGGAGCAGGUACUGGCCCCUCUAGCCUGGAAGUGAACACUUGUGUUUCUACUGGCCUGGGGCUUUGCCAAAGAAUUUUAAUAGCAUUUUUAAAGUGCAAAGUGACUAGGUAAAAAUUUUUAUCAGUGACCAAAUUAGAAUGUAUUUACUAUAAUAAGUUUAAAACAUUUUUAACAUAAGACAAGCUGAUAAACAGUUACCAUUUUAAAGGUGGAUCUAUGACAUUCCACAGCUAGUGUGCUACUAAAGGUUAACUAUUGACUUGGUUUUAAUAAAUCCUGUUUUUAAUUAUAGUGAUGAUGAUUUAUUAGGUCUUAGAAAUUACGUAUAUUUUGUGCUGUUAUCACUGUUUAAAAUUAUUUUUUAUUAAUAUUUAUGCACUUGUUUUCCAUGUUAGGCCUUUGGCCUUUUUGGGGAUAACAGGACCGUGUUUAUUACUGAUAUCUAGCCUAGACAUUUUACAAUUAUAAACAAUUAAGAACAAUUAAGCUUUAGGUCUAUUUAUAAGCUACUCGGUCAGUUCUGUGGAGUUUGGGGGCCAUAGGUGUAGUGCCCACAGGGGUACCACAGCUGGUGUUCGGGCGCAGCCCUUGAGCACUUACCCUUCUCAGGUCAGGACUGGCUCUGAGAAAAGAUGUGUGGUGGGAAGACCAAAGAACCAUCCAGAAUGGAACUCCCAGGGUGCCCGGGCGCAGUUAGGGCUGUCAUUGUGGUACACUCCCAGGGGGCUGCUCCUUGGGGUCCUCCCCCACCACCUGCAGGGGCCCUGAUCUUAUGAGGGAGCCACCCUUUGCAGGCCUCAUGGGCUUAGGGGCCUCACCAUCCCCUCUGUGGGUGGGAGGGGAGUGCUGGGUGUAGCAGUGAAAGCCGUGUGGUGCUCAGUGUCUCAGCUCUAGUGCUCAAUAUUAGCAGUAAUAUUAUUGUCAUACUACUUGUGCAGCUGAUCAGCAAACCUCACUCAGUGUGUGGACGCUUCAUGUGGACUAAUUUAUGAAAGCCCCCCAUCUGUAUGUUUGUUCUGAGUAUUUAGAUGAGAAUGUUAUUGGAAUGGAAUUUUCUUAACCCAGAAGGUAGUAUUUAUAAGGCAUAAUCAUUUACUUUAGUGAAUUGUUUAAAGUUAACACUUGUUUAAAUUUUUUUACACUACAACAUUUAUGCAAUGGUUUACAGAAUUCAUGGAAUUAUUUUUAUCAGUAUGGAAUUAAAACUUUGAAUCUUUA